UUCAAUGAUCAAAAUUAAGUCUAUAUAUAUGUGUGUACAAAGAAUGAUGUUCUUCACUAAACUAUAGUAAAAAAGAAAAAGAAACUUGUUCAUCUAACUCCCUUGUUUCUUUCUUUAUCUACAUAUGGAUCUUCAAGCAAUUUACCCUUUCACCCUUUUUACCAUUUUCUUCUUCUCCAUCAUUGUGACACUAAAACUAAAGAAGAAAAUCAAGAAAAUUGAGUCAAUUCCAAAUAUACCUCCAGGGCCAUGGAAACUACCUAUCAUAGGAAACAUAGCUAAUCUUAUUGGCUCUCCACCACAUAGAAAAUUAAGAGAUUUAGCAAAAAAAUAUGGACCUUUAAUGCAUCUUCAACUUGGUGAAGUUUUCUUUAUCAUUGUUUCCUCAGCAGAAUAUGCUAAGGAAAUAAUGAAAACACACGAUGUUAUAUUUGCAUCAAGGCCUCAUACACUAACCACGGAUAUAGUCUUUUAUGAUUCAACCAAUAUAGCUGCCGCGCCUUAUGGUGAAUAUUGGAGACAACUUCGAAAGAUUUGUAACGUAGAACUUUUAAGUAUAAAUCGCGUUCAAUCUUUAUGGCCAAUAAGGGAACAAGAGAUGAGUAAUCUCAUCAAAAGGAUGUCUUCUGAAGAAGGAAGUGUCGUCAAUCUUUCUCAACAAGUUGUGUCGAUGAUGUUUUCAUUCACUUCAAGGGCUGCAUUUGGCAAAAAAUACAAUGAACAAGAUGAGUUUGUAAUGGCGGUAAGAGAAAUAUUGCAGCUAGCAGGUGGUUUUUACAUUGGAGACUUAUAUCCUUCGGCGAAAUGGCUUCAAAACCUCACUGGAAUGAGGCCUAAGCUUGAGAAGUUGCAUCAAAAAGUUGAUAAUAUACUUGAUAUGAUCAUCAAUGAUCAUAAAGAGACAAAGUUGAGAACUAAAGAUGAUUUAGUUGAAGGAAAGGAAGAUUUGAUUGAUGUUCUCUUGAAAUAUGAGGAUGGUAACAACAAUGAUCAGGAAUUUUCCAUAACUAAAAGAAAUAUCAAGGCUGUACUCUAUGAUAUCUUCACAGGAGGAAGUGACACAGCAGCAACUACAAUUAACUGGGCAAUGGCUGAGAUGAUGAAGGAUCAAAGAGUAUUGAAGAAAGCACAAGCUGAAGUGAGAGAGAUAUUCAAAAAAAGAGGACAAGUUGAUGAAACAUGCAUUGAUGAGUUAAAAUACUUGAAAGUAAUUAUCAAAGAGGUUCUAAGAAUGCAUCCUCCUGGUGCACUUUUAAUUCCAAGGGUGUGUGGACAAGCUUGUGAGAUUGAUGGAUAUCACAUACCAAUAAAAAGUAAGGUAAUAAUCAACGCAUGGGCGAUUGGAAUGGAUCCAAAAUAUUGGACCGAGCCAGAGAAGUUUUAUCCGGAGAGGUUUAUUGAUAGUUCUUUUGAUUUUAGAGGAAAUAAUUUUGAGUACAUUCCAUUUGGCGCCGGGAGGAGAAUUUGUCCUGGUAUAAAUUAUGGUUUGGCAAAUGUUGAAUUGGCACUUGCUAUGUUAUUGUGCCACUUUGAUUGGAAGCUUCCAAAUGGAAUGAAAAGUGAGGAUUUGGAUAUGACUGAGCUAUUUGGUGCUUCUGUUAUAAGAAAAGAUGACUUGUACUUGAUUCCAAGCACUUAUGCUUUAUUGGAGUAGUGCUGAAAAAUGAAAAGCUUCCAUUGCACACAAAAUAGUGCUUUUAUAAUUAU